GACUAAGGCCCAGCCAAAAACGCAUAAAUUAGGUGCGUGUUGUGAAUCCCAAUCUCUUGGUUGCCACGAACAGAGAGAGAGAAAAAAAAGAAAGGUAUCGUAUAGGAAGAAGAAGAAGCUCUGGAUUCCACCUCUUCCCGUCCUUCGAGACGGUUGUUAGGCUGCUUGCUCUUCAGCUAGGGCUUGAGGAUAGGACUAUGCUGUGCUGAUCGAGGAUGGAUAACUUUCAGCUUCUGGAGUUUCAUAUUGGUUGUAAUUGCUAGUUAUGUUGGCCUGGGUUUCAAUCUAAAGGAUCUUGAUUUACAUUUUGAGACAUGGAGGGUGUUUGUUUCUGGACAAAUUGCUACCAGUAUCGGUUUUUUGCAUUCCAAGAAGUGCUUGAUUGGCGAGUUUUCAUCCUUGGAGAUUUUCUUCGGGUUUCCUUUGUUAAUUGUACUUAGUGUUCUGCUCCCCUUUAAAGAUCAGCACAGGGUACGUGAUGCUACAUUCUUCUGAUACAGGUGCUGCAUCUUAAGUGCACUUGUACAAGUAAGCGCUUAUUCUUAUUCUUCUUUGCAAAACACCAAUCCAAAAAGAAGUUUCUUGAUAAGUGUUCCUUUGGCAGUGCAUUGCUGACCCAACAUUCAGUUAAAACUAUUGGGCUGAAGCAUAUAGAUUUGUGACUGAAUAUUGGAUUCUGCCUGCAUCUUUGAGUGAAGCAUUUGCACUGAAUCAGUGUGGACUGUAGUUAUUGAAAUUUGUCUCCUUGUUGCUCUCAAUGGUAUUGUUGCUGACAAUACAUCAGUUACCGGAGGUUUCUGAAAUAAAUCCUACAUAGAUUAGAUGAAGUAGAUCUUACUAUAGUUCUGAAGUCUUGGGUCACGGUGAUUUUAGCUAGAGUGAUGCUAUCGCUUUGAUCAGCCAUUUUAGUGGGACCUGAGAAGUGUCAGUAUGAUCUCUGGUUCUUGCUCAUUUCUACCACCUUUGUCCUGCAACUAUUUUAAAGCCGUGGGUCUAUUAAUGAAUAAGGCUGAGCAGCCCAUCCAUCUGAAAGUUUCUGCUUCUAUGCCUUCUUUUGCUAUGACAGAAAAUUGAUGUUGGAUUUUGCUGGACCAGCAGGAACCUGUUAAUAUUUUAUACACCUCUGAGCAUCAUCUACAUGAGAUAAAUGCCAUUUAUCUUUUGUCUUUUUGUUUACAUUUGUUGAAUAAAGGAAGUGCUGCUUUGUGUUCCACGAGAACAAUGGAGAGGUACAAGUUAAUUAAGGAAAUUGGUGAUGGGACGUUUGGGACUGUCUGGAGAGCUAUUAAUAAGCAAACUGGUGAAGUUGUUGCUAUCAAGAAAAUGAAGAAGAAAUAUUACUCUUGGGAGGAGUGUGUAAACCUGAGAGAAGUCAAGUCAUUACGAAAAAUGAAUCACCCAAAUAUUGUGAAGCUGAAAGAAGUUAUUCGAGAAAGUGAUAUCUUGUACUUUGUUUUUGAGUACAUGGAAUGCAACCUAUACCAACUCAUGAAAGACAGGGAAAAACUGUUUUCUGAAGCUGAAGUUAGAAAUUGGUGUUUUCAAGUUUUUCAAGGUCUUGCUUACAUGCACCAGCGUGGAUACUUCCAUCGUGACCUGAAGCCUGAAAACUUGCUGGUUACCAAGGAUUUCAUCAAAAUCGCUGAUUUUGGACUAGCCCGAGAAAUCAGUUCACAACCACCCUACACUGAGUAUGUCUCCACACGAUGGUAUCGUGCUCCUGAAGUGCUGCUUCAGUCUUAUAUGUAUACCUCUAAAGUUGAUAUGUGGGCAAUGGGUGCUAUAAUGGCUGAGCUUUUCUCUCUUCGUCCUCUUUUCCCAGGUGCCAGUGAAGCGGAUGAGAUUUACAAAAUAUGUGGUGUGAUAGGCAAUCCAACCUUUGAAUCAUGGGCGGAUGGACUCAAACUUGCAAGGCAUAUUAACUACCAGUUUCCACAGCUUGCCGGUGUGCAUCUUUCUGCUUUGAUUCCGUCUGCUAGUGAUGAUGCAAUCAGCCUUAUUACAUCACUUUGCUCCUGGGAUCCCUGCAAGAGGCCAACAGCUUCAGAGGCUCUUCAACAUCCUUUCUUCCAGAGUUGCUUUUACAUUCCUCCAUCCCUUCGCAACAGAGCAGUAGCAAGAACUCCUCCACCUGCUGGAACCAGAGGAGCACUGGAUCAGCAAGAGGUCAAGAGAUAUUCCGGUGCUUUACCUACUUCGAAACUCUCCAAUAAUUUUUCUUCCAUGAAAUUACAUCCUCCUUUAGCUUCAGGUGUGCAACGGAAGCUUGAUAUGGUAAAUCAGGAUGGAAUUAAGAACGAAAAGCCAGUGAGGACUACUAAACCAAAAUAUCGACAGCCAGGAAAGGACAGCAGCCCAACUUCUAUGAGCAAAGGGAGGUCUGUACGUGGGGUUUCAGAAACAGCUGAAAAGUUGCGCAAUUUGUCAGUUACCAGUCGAAGACAAUCAUCAAUAGGAAUAGGGCAACCCCGUCCUCCUCCACCAAUGAAGGCUGGAGGGAAUUGGAUUUCUGAAUCUGGAAACUUCAUCCUUGGGCCCCCACAGCAGAUUUCGACUGGAAGAACUUUCGCAAGAAAAGUUGCCGGAUGAGUAAAUGUGGGAGAUGAUUCUAUAAUGCUCAAUGUUGUGAAUGUGUGUCCUAAUAUAAAAUAUAAAUGUGUGGUUAGACAUAUAUUCUGAUGACUUUGCCGAAGUCGUCUAAACUACAAAACUAGUAGUACUGCCUGUGUGUGUUAUUACUUGUUGGUAAUCGUUUCGUACUUGUGGGACAUACAGAGCUCAGUUGAUGCUUUUUACUAUAAAUAUAAAUAAAGGUUUCCCUAUUUGUAUCAUUUGGAAUAUUCUACAGCUGUGAGCCUGUGACUUGGUACACACAUUGGGUAGGGGUGUUCAUAAAUCUUGUCUAUGUUCUCUCUAUAAGAUUAUAAUAAUUUUGUUAAGACUCUGAGAUACCGAGAAAUAUUUUGAUUUUUUACUUA